AUGAACCUUGAGCUCGGCCCGGGCAGCAGGUGCCUGCUGAUCGGCGCCAACGGCGCGGGCAAAACCACCCUACUGAAAAUCUUGGGCGGCAAGCACAUGGUGCCGCGGGAGUCUGUGGAGGUGCUGGGCCGCCCGCCGUUCCAUGACACGGCCCUCACCACCAGCGGGGACCUGUCUUACGUCGGGGGCAACUGGACGCGCGACAUCGCGUUUGCCGGGACAUCCAUCCCACUCACGGGCGACUUCCCGGCGUCGCGCAUGAUCGACUCUGUCCCGGGCGUCGACGCGGCCCGCAAAGAGCGGCUGAUCCAGGUGCUGGACAUCGACCCCUCGUGGCGCAUGCACCAGGUGUCUGACGGGCAGCGGCGGCGCGUCCAAAUCUGUGUGGGCCUUCUGCGGCCUUUCAAGGUCCUGCUCUUGGACGAGAUCACGGUGGAUCUGGACGUCCUCGGGCGAUCUGAUCUGAUGGCCUUCCUCGCGGACGAGUGCGUCCAGCGCGGCGCCACCAUCGUGUACGCCACCCACAUCUUCGACGGCCUCGAGGCCUGGCCGACACACGUGGCAUACGUCGCGCGCGGCCGCCUCCAGUUCGUGACCCCCGCCGAGCAGAUCCCCCACCUUAGGGAGGGCCGCCUGCUGGAGAUGGUGGGGGCGCUGCUGGCGGAGGAGCGGGACGCUCUCCUGAAGGCCGGCGCCAGCAAGCCCGUCACCUACGACCCGUCUCGCGAGGGCGAGGUGGCCGCGUUCUCGUACGCCUUCAACAAUGGCUGGGUCCCCGGGACGCUGGCCACGUCCCUGGCGAACAGCAGCAACGCGGUGAUGCGCUGCUGA